AUGGCGCUAUGUGAGAAUUUUGAGAUUUCUCAACUUGCGAUCCCGUCUGUCAGUGUGCUGAUCGCGUUUCUGGCCUACACGUCUCAAUACUUUUUCUACUGCUUCGAAUCCGCGCCACUCCGAAAAGACGAGAUAUGGACAAUCAAUAUUUUCGCUCUGUGUAUUUGGAUCUGCUAUUUCAGAGCAUGCUUUGUAGACCCUGGCCGUCUCCCUGAAAAUUGGAAGGUUGCCAGCGUCGAUAAACGGGGACAGGACCAAGCCAGUGCUCGACGCUGGUGCCGUAGAUGCGAGGCCUUCAAACCCCCUCGGGCCCAUCACUGCAAGACCUGCCAAAGAUGCAUUCCAAAAAUGGACCACCAUUGUCCGUGGACUACGAACUGCGUCUCGCAUUUCACAUUCCCUCAUUUUAUUCGGUUCCUGUUUUAUACAGUUGCCGGCAUGUCCUAUCUCGAGACCUGUCUUUGGGAGCGUGUCUCUAUUGUCUGGGAGAACCGAAACAUGCCGAGUUAUCUUGGCCCCAGCCUUGGACAACUUGCUCAUCUAUUUGUGCUAUUUGUGCUGAAUAGCUUUACAUUAUUCAUGCUGUUUAUCCUUCUCGUACGCAGCCUCUACUCCAUGGCCCUCAACACGACCACUAUUGAAUCUUGGGAGAUUGAACGGCACGUGACUCUUGUUCGACGAGCUCGGGUCAUGGGUGGCUACCUCGAGGGCCCCGGCGGGGUAAAGAUACGCAUUCGGAAGCAAGAGUUCCCCUACGAUAUGAGCUUCUGGACCAACAUCAAGGAUGGCAUGGGAGGAAGUCCGAACGACCCGCAGCUUAUAGAAGCCUAUUCAUCCGCUAGAGACACAGUCGAAGCCUUUCAACGACGUCAGGCGGAAGACUUGCGGUGCAAGAAUCUAUCGGCGGAAAUUCAACGACGUAAGCGGUUCCAUGAGCGACUUGCAAAGGAGGACUAUAAGAGUGAUGACGAGCGGGGACCUGGUCCCACCUACGGCGACAACUCUGAUGAAGGAGAGGAGUCUUGGCGCAAUGCAGAUGGAGAACGGCUCCGCGAUUUCGGUGUUGAUGAGGAUGUGGAGUUUUAUGAUGAAGAUGAUGUUCCUCUGGCAGUUCUGAUGGAUCGAAGAAGACAACACAAUGAUUGA